GUGUGACUGAGUUCCCUUCUUCACAGUGGUGCUUCAGAGGUCUAUGAACAAGGAGGUCCCGGGUGACUUGAACCUGCUUCCCUUCCAGAAAUAACAUCUCUUCACAUCUGGCCUCCAGCAUGACACCUGCCACACGCAAGCUUCCAGAGCACGGAGGUCAUAUAGGCAAGCACAGUGUCUCCACGUGACCAAAACAGAGUCAUCUCAAGAGAUGAGGCGGGAAGGUGACCAGCUCAGGGAGCCCAGACGCCAGGCGAGCCCCCCGGGAAAGAGGCUCAGCUUCCGCCUUCUGCCCUCACCCAGUGCGAGUCACAGUGUCUGGGGAAUGAGCGUGUCCCAGGGCAGUUCCAAGUGCCUGAGAUGCUCUUGCCACUGCUCUUAGCCGUGCUGUGGGCCGGGUCAUGGGCUCAGAAUCCAGCUUUCCAGCUGCAGGUGCAGGAGUUGGUGAGGGUGCAGGAAGGCCUGUGCGUGGUCGUGCCCUGCUCCGUCUCCUAUCCCGUAAUAGGUUGGGUUCCCUCCACCCCAGCUUACGGCUUCUGGUUCAAAGACCCGACCGCCACAGACAGUGGUCUGCCAGUGGCCACAAACAAGCCGGAUCGAGACGUGCAAACAGACACCCAAGGCCGAUUCCAGCUCCUGGGCGAUCCCAGACAGAAUUGCUCUUUGCUCAUCAGAGAUGUACACAUGGAGGACAGUGCAUCGUACUUCUUUCGGUUGGAGAGAGGCUAUUACGUGCGAUAUAAUUUCGUGGAAUACAAGUUCCGUCUGGAGGUGACAGCCCUGACUCAGAAGCCAGAGAUCUACGUCCCAGAGACUCUGAAGCCUGGGCACCAGGUGACGCUCAUCUGUAUGUUUCACUGGACCUUUGAGGAAUGUCCAGCCCCUACUCUCUCCUGGAGGGGGGCCACCGUCUCCUCCCACGAGGCCAGACCAAGAACUUCCUACCUCUCAGCCCUCACCUUCACGCCCAGACCGCAGGACCACGGCACUGAGCUCACCUGUCGAGUGGACGUCUCCAGAAGGGGACUGAGCACAGAGGACACCGUCCUGCUGAGCGUGGCCUAUGCCCCCAAAGACCUGGUGAUCAGCAUUUCCCAGACCGAUGUAUCAGCCCUGGAGCCGCAGGGAAACAGCCCCCAUCUGGAAGUCCAGAAAGGCCAGUUCCUGCGGCUACUCUGUACAGCCGACAGCGUGCCGCUGGCCACACUGAGCUGGGCCCUGCAGGACAGAAUCCUCUCUUGGUCCCACCCCUCGGGCUCCAGAACCCUGGAGCUGGUGCUGCCCCGGGUGAAGGCUGAGGACGCGGGUCGCUACACCUGCCGAGCUGAGAACGGGCUUGGCUCUCAGAGCCGCAGCCUGGAACUCUCCGUGCAGUAUGCCCCAGAGAACCUGAAAGUGAUGGUCUCCCAGGGAAAUAGGACAGUCCUGGAAAACUUCAGAAAUGGUACAUCUCUUCCGGUCCUGGAAGGCCAAAGCCUGCGUCUGCUCUGUGUCGCUCACAGCAACCCCCCAGCCCGGCUGAGCUGGGCCCGAGGGGGACAGACUCUGAGCCCCUCCCAGCCCUCAGAUCCUGGGGUCCUGGAGCUGCCGCAGAUACAAACAGAGCAUGAAGGAGAAUUCACCUGCCGAGCUCAGAACCCUCUGGGCUCCCAGAAUACCUCUCUGAGCCUCUCCGUAGUCUACCCCCCGCAGCUGCUGGGACCCUCCUGCUCCCAGGAGGAGGAGGGUCUGCACUGCGACUGUUCCUCCCGAGCCCAGCCGGCCCCCUCCCUGCGCUGGCAGCUGGGGGAGGGGCUGCUGGAGGGGAAUUUCAGCAACGCCUCCUUCAAGGUCACCUCCAGCUCGGCUGGGCCCUGGGUCAACAGCUCCCUGUGCCUCCGCGAGGGGCUCAGCUCUGGCCUCAGACUCAGCUGCGAGGCCCAGAACGUCCACGGGGCCCAGAGCGCCACUGUCCUGCUGCUGCCAGAUGAGAAGGGAUUCGCCUCCAAAGCGUUCUCCAGCGGAAUAUUUCUAGGAAUUGGCCUCAUGACCCUCCUUGUCCUCUGCUUCAUCCUGAUCGUCGCGAGGGCUCUGAGGAAGAAGUGGACCCAAGCAGAGGUUCCGGCCCCGGCCCCGGCCCCGGGAGAGACUCCGAGGUCCAGGGUCUCACGGAGGAGCACGCUCCUGGAUUACAUCAAUGUGGUCCCUAAAACUGGCCCCCUGGCUCAGAAACAGAAAACCAAACCAAGCAGUCCUUCCUGGGCCACUGUUCCAGAUGCUCACCCCCCGGAACCCAGAAAGAACCAGAAGGAGCUCUAUCUUGUUUCCCACAAUUGUCCAGGACCCAAAUCAUCCCCUCAAGCCCCAGAAUCAGAGAACAACCAGGAGGAGACCCAUUAUGCUGUCCUCAACUUCCCAGGCCUCAGACCAUGGGACACCCAGAGGCCCAAGGGUACUCACUCAGAGUAUGCUGAAAUCCAGUUCCACUGAGCGUCUGUCUGCUGGGUUGGAGGACUUGGACCCAGGCCGGGGAGAAAGGCAGAACGAUUGGGAAGAGGAGAACAGAGUGUAGUCUGUCUGUCUUUCUGUCUCCCUCUCUCUCUCAUUUCAUCGUCCAAGGAUGGGAUGAUCCCAUGCCAGAUCCUAGCAUCUUGGAACAGCCUGGUGAAUGUCUCCAGAGCAGCCUUCUCCAAAUACACUAUUCUAAGCAAGGUAAAGCUUCUCCUCUGACACACCUAGGCACCACCCUGGCUGAAUACUCAACAGUCUCAGUUUCUCAGCGGUGGGAGGGCCUUGAAAGAUGACCAAGCGCUCAUCUUCGCCGACCUCACAGGUCAAGUCUGGGCCGCUGCCUAGUUUGCUGCCACCUGUGAGCCAAGAGUGUGUUUUACAUUUUAAAUGGUUAAGGGGAAAAUCAAAAGAAGGAUGCUUUAUGAUGCGUGGACAUGACUUGAGAUUCCAAUUUCAGUGUCUAUAAAUAAAACUUUAUUGGAAUGCAGCCAUGCCCAUUUUUUUCAGGAUCGCCUAUGGCUGGUUUCAGGCAGAGUGGAGUCGUUGCCCUGCUAAGCCUAAGAUAGCUAGCCUUCGGUUUAGGAAGAGUUGGUGGAAUUUUCGUGUAAUGUAAACUCACCCACUUAUUUGUACAGAAGAGCUAACAGAAGCGGAGGUCCAGAGAGAGUUCAAGAGUAGCCAAGGUGACACUGACUAGCUCUGUGACUAGAUGGAAGGUUUCUAGGGUGAGGACUUGUAGGGUGAGGAGACUUGAGUGGCAGUUUAAUAGUAAGAGGGAGGAAAUUAAUAUUUUUGAAUACCUGCUGUGUAUCACAUUGUGAGCCAACUGUGGUGUAAGAUUUAAGAGUAUCUCCAUUGGGAAGAUAUCUGAGACUCAGAGAGGUGAAUUAACUUAUCUAAAGACACACAGGAGAAAUCGGCAAUAUCAGGGGUCCCACCCAUGGCUGACUCCAAAACCACUGCUCUCCCCGCUUUUUCAUAAUCCCUCCUGAAGUGGCGCUCUCGAGUGAAAAGGACUCAAAACUCAGGGCAGAAUGUGAGAAUGGUCAAUCAUCUCAGAUAUAAAGAGAGGCUAGCUGGUCACCUCAUCUCAGCAGGAAGUAGUGGUCAGGCUGUGUCCAUGAAGCUGGCCUCUGUUGAUCUUUCUUUUCCUUUCUAAGACCAUGGUGGGGGAGUGGGGGUGCAGGGGAUGUCUUUACUCCUUAGAAGGAUAAAUGCAAUUAGAUAAAGAGGGAAAGAAAAGAAAGAAAAAGAUUUUGAGUUGGAAUUUUCCAAGGGUUCCUUUAUACAGAUAUUAUCUCUAUUAUACAGUUGGGCAAACUGAGUCAUGAAAAGGUUACAGACACAUCCAAAGCCACAGGAUUAGUAAGAUUUGAUUCCAGAGCCCAGGCUCUUGGUCAUGACCUUAUAUUGGCCUCUUGGUGGCUUGUUGAGCAGAGGGGACCUGAUAAGGAGGGGUGGCAGGUGCAGUAUAUAGAAAGGACAAAGGACUUGCACUUGUGUCCAGAUUCUACUACUUACUAAUCAGAAUAAGUGUAGGCAAGUGACUUUCUCUCUCUGAGCCUCAUGUAUUAAAAUGAAGGUAGCACCCUUACUUGGAAGGU